AUGACUGAGGGAACUGGCAAGCGAAAGCUCCCCUUUUUCCGCUCCACCUCCACCCGCCCAAUUGCUCGCCGGCGUAAAUCCACCGUCCACACACACCGUACCAUUCGGGCCUUCUUAUACCUUGUCGCCUGGAUCUUCUUGGUGUUGGUGGUUAUUGGCAAUAUUUCUAAUAAGCCCGUUAUCCGCAGCACUUACUUCCUCUACCUCGAUCUCUCCGACAUCAUCCCGGUCUCCGUGCCCAAUGCCGUCCUGAUCAACUCCAUCGCCCAGUCCAUUGGACUGCACGAUUUCUAUACUGUGGGACUAUGGAACUUCUGUGAAGGAUACCUCGGGCAGGGAAUCACCCACUGCUCCAAGCCGGAGACCCUCUAUGCUUUCAACCCGGUUGACAUCAUCCUGAAUGAGCUGCUGUCUGGCGCAAGUAUCGCCCUGCCAUCCGACAUCCAAGAGCCGCUGGCCCUCGCGCGUACCGCCUCACACUGGAUGUUCGGCCUCCUCCUAGCCGCCGCGGUCCUCAACUUUGUGAUGAUCUUUGUCGGCCCAUUGGCCGUAUCCUCGCGCCACCCCCAGACAGUCAAGUACUGGGCCGAUGCCUACAACCCAGCGAACGGCAACGGUGAAUACGCGCCCGCCGGCAAGCCGCCGCACCGCCGCCGCACUUUUAUAUGGCUGCGCGCCCUGCCCCUGCUGAUCCUGACCUUCUUCACUGCGCUGGCCACAAUUGUCGGUUCGGCCGUUGCGACAGUCAUGUUCGUCAUCUUCGCGAAUGUCUUCUCCAACGCCGACCCGAGCAUCAACAUCCAGGCGCACGUCGGGACCCAGAUGCUAGUCUUUAUGUGGAUCGCCUCUGCCUUCAGUUUGCUGGCAUUCAUCCUCCAGAUCGGAUCUUGCUGUGCUGCCUGCUGCCGCGGCCGCAAGGCUCGCAAGCAGCUCAAGUCGCAAGGUGUGAACUGGCACGAGAAGGGAUCAACACAUACCAGCGCAUCUGACGCUACAGCCGCGGAGCACCGCGCCGUCUCUUCUGGCAUCGAUGCCCGCUCGGGCGGACAGCAGGCACAAACACACGGCUACUCGAACGAGCAUGAUGUCAGCCCGAUCGAGCCAAGGCACGACCACGCAUUCUCGAACGAAAAUCACACAAACGGAACCACUUUCUCAUCUGAACACCACGCCUACUCGACUGAGCCUCAUGCCAUGUCGAAGUAA